AUGGUGGAGCUUGGCAAUGAUGGUGCAGUGAAGAUGUCACACAUGGAAGUUCUGCAGCCAGCUCACAAGUGCUCUUGGCAGACUGUUGCCAAGAGUGACAAAGAGCCUGCCUGGCCAAAGACCUGUAUCCCAGCUGUGGGUAUGAUCACCCACAAGGAGCCAUGCAUGCAGUGCACUCUGAAGGGGGUUUCUUGUACUGGAAUGUUGGGCAAGACCUGCAAUGCCUGCAUGAGGAUCAAGCAGGGCUGUGAAAAGUCAAGCAAAGCAGCAGGCAAGAAGGCACAGGCAGGCACAUCAGUUGUGCAAUCCAUGAAGGCCCCUAAGGCCAGUCCAUCAAAGUGGGGUCACAACAAUGACAAUGAUGAUGACAUUGUGGAGGUGGUCAAGAGCAGGGCCCACGGAAAAGGAAAGGGACUGGUGCAUGGUGGACUGGAUGACAAGACCACCACAGCUUUGUCUCAAGCACUGAUGAUGGUGAGGGCUGAGGCCAUGGCUUCGCAUGCAGCCACCAUGCAUCUGCAGGUCAGUGUAGACCAGCUCACAGAGGCCCCUUAA